AUGAGUCGGAUCCCACGCAGUCGGGUGAAACGGAUAUCGACACCUUUCUACGAAGAAGAAAAGACAUUGGAAAUGGCCAAAUAUGUGGUGUCCCUGCGAUCGCGUACACCUCGCAAGUACUUUGGAGACAAUCAUUACUGUGGCGGGGUCAUUGUAUCACGUACGUUCAUUUUGACUGCGGCCCACUGCACCAUGGACAGUCGCAAGAUCAUGCAUCGUGCUCGCGUGUUGCUCGUCGUCGCGGGGACGCCCAAUCGAUUGAAGUUUUGGCGGGGUAGGACUGUGAAUGCUCCGGUGAAGGAUGUCUAUGUGCCCGAAAACUUUACCAUGUUCAAUACGAACAACAUUGCCCUACUAAAGCUGGCGAUAGAGCUGCCGGAUAAUCCGUACAUUGCCAUUGCCACUUUGCCUAUCCAUGAGCCCGAAUAUAAUAUCAAUUACACACUUCUCGGCUGGGGACGCGUUUACAAGGGUGGGCCACUGGCCUCCAGCAUUCUGCAUGUCGAUGUCUUGCUAUUGGAUCACCAGACCUGCGACGAUAUGCUGCACACCUUCAAAGACGAAAUGAUGUGUGCUGGAAAUCUGGAAAAUGAUCAGGAUGAGAAUCCCUGUGCAGGCGAUACUGGGAGUCCCCUGCUCUUGAAUGGCACGGUCUAUGGCGUUGUCAGCUACCGCAUCGGCUGCGGAUCGAAAUCUCUUCCCUCGGUCUAUACGAAUGUCUUUGCCCAUAAGGAAUGGAUCGAUGACAUCAUGAAAACUGAUGAUACCGUUCGCUUGAAUAGCAAUUACCUUAGCAUGAUAGCAGCUAUAUUUUCUCUUCUGAAUGUCCCUCAAGGGAGGCCAACAAUAAAUUUCUGA